UCCUCUUGGUUGGAUAGCGGCUUCCUGGCCGGACUUUUUUCCCCCCUCCUUUUUUUUCUUGGGGGAAAUUUCAACUUCUGUUUUCGCGGAUCCUCCGGGCCAAACAAUUUCGGACAGCAUUUCGCGGUCGGUCCUGUGGCUGCGAACGACAGGCCUGACUUGUCUUUUGCCGCCUUUUGUCUGUGGGAGCGCUCUCGAGUCGGAGGCCGUCUCGAAGAGACAUUCCAGCGAUGAACGCGCUGAAAUAAACUGCAUUUCUUGCACUUUUGCGCCUAUGGCACUCGCUCUUUCCACUUGACACCUAAAUAUUAUUUGGUGAAGCUUCUGGAGGCAUGACAGGGUGUUGAAAUUAGGGGCUUACGAAUCUCAGAGACUUCUAUAGACACAACUGCAAGGGUUUGUGUAGCAAUUCGAAGGAUUGGAUGUCAGCAGAGACAACCUGGUUGUUCUCUUUGAAAUAGAUAACAGGCAACUAUGGCACCAAAAAGAAGACCGGUCCCCUUGAUUAUAACCCCCACAGGAGAAGGACAGUCAACCAACAUAGAUGCAGCAUCAGAGGCCAACCUGGAGACCUUGCAGAGGAAGUUAGGGGAGCUGGACUUGGAUGAACAGCAGAGGAAGCGGCUUGAGGCUUUCCUCACCCAGAAAGCCCAAGUGGGCGAGCUCAAAGAUGAAGAUUUUGACCCCAUAUGUGAACUUGGCGCAGGUAACGGCGGGGUGGUCCACAAAGUCCGUCACAAACCCUCAAGACUGGUCAUGGCCAGGAAGCUUAUUCAUUUGGAAAUCAAACCAGCCAUCAGGAACCAGAUCAUACGAGAGCUGCAGGUCCUACAUGAGUGUAAUUCGCCGUACAUUGUAGGUUUUUACGGCGCCUUUUACAGCGAUGGAGAAAUCAGCAUCUGUAUGGAGCACAUGGAUGGAGGUUCUUUGGAUCAAGUGCUGAAGGAAGCCAGGAGAAUCCCUGAAGAAAUUUUGGGCAAAGUUAGCAUAGCCGUACUCAGAGGUCUGGUAUAUCUUCGGGAGAAACACCAAAUAAUGCACAGAGACGUUAAGCCCUCCAACAUCCUGGUGAACUCGCGUGGCGAGAUCAAACUGUGCGACUUUGGCGUGAGUGGCCAGCUCAUCGACUCCAUGGCCAACUCCUUCGUUGGAACACGGUCGUACAUGUCGCCGGAGAGACUCCAGGGCACACACUAUUCAGUUCAGUCGGAUGUGUGGAGCAUGGGCCUAUCACUGGUUGAGCUGGCUAUUGGACGCUACCCCAUCCCCCCUCCCGAUGCCAAGGAACUGGAGGCCAUAUUUGGCCGGCCAGUGCUGGACACAGGUGGGGCAGAAGGCCACAGCAUGUCCCCAAGACCGAGGCCUCCAGGACGACCGGUUAGCGGACACGGAAUGGACAGCAGGCCAGCCAUGGCUAUAUUUGAGCUACUGGACUACAUUGUCAAUGAGCCACCACCCAAGCUGCCCCAUAGCGUCUUCACCACAGAUUUUGAGGAGUUUGUGAUGAAAUGGUGAGCCCCU